AUGGCGGUCGGUGAUGAAGUUCCACAAAAUUCCGAAUCUCAGACAAAUCAUCAUAAUACCGUAAGUAAUUGCUUCAACGAUCCUCUCUUCUUAGCGCCAUCUGAUAAUUCCAAUACUCCGUUAGUUUCUGUAUUGUUUAAUGGAGAUAACUACUUAGGCUGGUCUAAGAAUGUGAAAAGAGCAUUAAGUGUUAAGAAUAAGCUAGGUUUCAUUGAAGGUUUUAUGAAGAAACCGAGUGCUACUGAUAAGGAUUAUCAGCGAUGGAUUAGAUGUGAUUUUAUGGUUAUAGGUUGGAUUUUGGCUUCAAUGAAGCCUGAAAUAGCAGAGAAUUUUAAUUUGGUGAAUUCCUCUGAAAUUUUGUGGACUGAAGUUGAGGAGAGUUAUGGUCAGAGUAAUGGACCUCAAAUAUAUCAACUGAAGAAGGAAUUGGAUGGAUUGAGGCAACAAAAUCUCACUGUUCUUCUGUAUUACAAUAAGAUGAAGAAGCUAUGGGAUAAAUUGAAGGAGUUGAGGAGUUUUCCAGAAUGCAACUGUGGAGCUUUGAAUAGUUGUACCUGUAAUUUUUUGAAGAGGUUAUCUGAUUUUGAAUCCGAAGAGAAGGUAAUGCAAUUAUUGCUUGGUUUGAAUAGCGGAUUUGACAAUACGAUUACUAAUGUGUUGUCAACGGAUCCUAUUCCAACUGUGAAUCGAACUUUCUCUAUCUUGCAACAAGUAGAGAAACAGAAAGAGAUUAGUGGACUUGCUGAUAUGACUACUGAGGUUAGUGCUCUAGCAGCACAAAAAUUCCAGAGGUCUGGUCAAAAGUUCCAUUCUAAUUUUCUUACAGGAGGAAAGAGAGAUUGGAAGAAAGAAAAACAAGGGAGAUUAUGUGAUUAUUGCAAGGCUAAGAGUCAUACUAGAGAUCAAUGUUUCAAGUUGAUUGGGUAUCCAGAUUGGUACAUGGAUGGAAAUAAUAGCAAGAAUGGGGGAAAUGUUAGAGUUGCUGCCCAUGUGAAUGUUGAAAAUGAAGAAAUAUUUGAUACUCCUUUAGAUGAACCUGGAGAAAGCUCAAAGGGACAAGGAAAUUUGCAACUGAAUGCUGAUAUGAUGAACAUGAUAUGCAAGGAGGUGAUGAAGGCAAUAGUGUGA